UAUAAUGAUUGUUUAUCUUGGAAUUUCAAGAACGUUAAUCGUUUUACUUUUAUUUCCAUAUUAUUUGCUUGAAUUAUACAUGGUUUUGAUUACUUUUAGUCACUACACGAAUAUUUAUUGAUUUCAAUGUCGAAUUGAAAUCAAUUUGACACGUAUUUUGUCACUGUGACAAAUAGAAAAUAAUUUUAAAUAUUUAAAACAUCCAAUUGAGAAAAUUUUAAGUAUGAUAAUCGGAUUGACUCGUUGGAGCCAACAUGAACAAUGAUCAGCAUUCUAUUCAAUAAGUGCUGCUGUUGUUCGACGAAAGUGGGUGGUCAGGUAUGGGGCAUGGUUCACUUGGCUGUGUCUUUUUGUGUAUUGGUUAUGGCGACGGUAUAUUUGGUAACUACGGAAGAUCAAAAUGAGUGGAAAGUGUACACUGCACCAAUAAUAGCAUGCAGUGUUUACGCAAUAUUCGAUGUUUUUCUGUUAAUCGGAUUAUCCAGAGAUAUAUCAAACAUGAUAUUGGCUUGGUUAAUAUGGAAUGGUUCUCUAACAAUAUGCAUGCUAUGGUAUACGCUUUUAAUAAUCAUCACGCUAAUAUUCACUGAACCGUUACUGGUUUUAGGGGGUAUAUGUCCUGGUGUAUAUCUAUUUGUAGAACUCUACUUCUCAUUAAUAAUACUUAGUUAUUAUGUAGAGAUUAAAUAUCCACCUGGAAGUGUUUUGUAUAAUCCACGACGACGACGAAGUGUUCAACAAUGAGAUCGCCAACAUUUCCCGAAAUCAUCAUAUCAUAUGUAUUAUUAGUGCACGUGUUUAUUAAAAUGUUAUGAACUUA